AUGUUCCAUGAAAGCAUUCCCAAACACGAUAGCUUGUCCUUGAAGUCCCAGUCCCCAUUGGAGUUGUACACCUUGACAAAAGAUACCACGGAUUACGCCUGGUACAGUACGAGGAUCACGCUUAACAAACGCGACCUGCCCAUGAGGUCCGACAUCCUCCCUGUCCUGGAAAUUAGGAGUAGGGGCCACGCCCUGCUUGCGUUUGUGAACGGGGAAUACGUGGGGUCCAACCACGGCAGUAACAUCGAGAAGGGGUUCGACUUUCGGAUGCCUGUGAACAUGAAGCCCGGAGAUAAUGAAAUCACUAUCUUCCAUAUAUUAGUGGGUUACCCCAACAGCGGGGCGUACAUGGAGAAGAGGUUUUCGGGGCUCAAACGGGUGGUGCUCCAGGGGCUAAUGUCUGGAACCCUGGAUAUCACCCUCAACUCCUGGACCCAGUCCGUUGGUGUUUCCGGGGAGAAGCUCAAGUUAUUCACGGAGGAGGGGUCGGAGAAGGUGAAGUGGAGUCCGGCGGGUAAAGUCCACCCGCCACUAACGUGGUACAAAACCUACUUUGAUGUCCCGGAAGGGAAUGACCCUGUAGCGGUGAGAACGAACAACAUGGCAAAGGGUAUGGUGUGGAUCAACGGGAAAAGCAUCGGCCGCUACUGGGUUGCAUUCCUGUCCCCGCUCGGACAGCCAACCCAAUCAGAAUAUCAUAUUCCUAGAACCUACUUGAAGCCCAAGAACAACCUGAUGGUGGUGUUCGAGGAAAUAGGGGGCGACCCCCAGGGCGUAGAGGUGAUGCUGGUGAACAGGGACACAAUCUGCAGUUACAUUUCAGAGUACUAUCCCUCCAACGUGAAGUCGUGGGAGAGAAAGGGAGACGAGUUCAGGUCGGUGAGCGACGAUCUCAAACCCACCGUGCGCCUCAGUUGCCCGGACGAUAAAGUGAUGAAGAAAAUAGAGUUCGCGGAGUACGGCGACCCGGAGGGCGUUUGCGGCAACUACUUCCCCGGAAACUGCACUUUCCCCAACGCCGAUAAAAUCGUGGAGAAGGCGUGUUUGGGGAAGAGCCAGUGCAAAAUUCCAGUAGACAAGAGUUUGUUCGAGGAGGGUGGCAAGGAUCUCUGCCCUAACAUCUAUAAAUCUUUGGCCGUCCAAGCAAAAUGUGGGCGUCAGGGCAAAGACGACUAG